GUCCAUUUGGUGACAUCGAUUGGCCACCAUUCCUACUUCCAAAGCUCUUGUUGAAUCCGGUCUCAUUGUGUCCAGCAAAGUUCGACGAACAAACUAACCGUUUAGCCCGACCGACUAGAGCACUAGACCAGACCAAGAGGGCGACGUCACUGGGCGACGCACUGAUCAUUUUUCCGAGAACGCCGCGCCCGUUCCGUCGAAGAUCGUUAGUGCCGGCCGGGCCUUCGCUCUCCCUUCACAUCCCCCCAUUCAGCUUAGCCUGCUCCUCGUCUUCAAAUAUGUCCCUCCUGUAGCCUUCGGGCCUCUCAGUCUUUCUUUUUCUUCGUGCCCAUCGGUGAUGGCUAUAUCUUCGGCCACGCGCAUUCUGGCCGCCCGGCCUCUCGUCCUUGGGUUAGCGAAACUCUUCGUCCUCGCCCUUCCCAACCUGCCCGUCAUCUCCGCCGCCCCAACUUACCUCCUCAACUCCGAUGUCGACCCCAAACCCCCCAGCGAUCCCAGCCUCUGGCUAUACCUAGGUGUCGCCGCCGCCCUCGUCCUGAGUGGCGGUGCGUUCGCCGGCUUGACCAUUGCCCUGAUGGGCCAGGAUGAAGUCUACCUACAAGUUAUCCAAACCUCCGGGGAAGGCUCAGAACGCAAAAAUGCCGCAAGUGUGUUGAAGUUGUUGCAGCGAGGAAAGCACUGGGUACUCGUGACCCUCCUGCUCAGUAACGUUAUCACCAACGAGACUCUUCCAAUUGUGCUCGACCGCUCACUUGGCGGUGGCUGGCCUGCGGUGCUCGGCAGUACCGUCUUGAUUGUCAUCUUCGGCGAAAUUGUCCCUCAGUCGAUCUGUGUCCGUUAUGGUCUCCCCAUCGGCGCCUGGAUGGCCCCCUGUGUCCUAGCGCUCAUGUACCUCAUGUCCCCCGUCGCUUACCCGGUCGCCAAGCUGCUCGAUAAGCUGUUGGGCGAAGAUCACGGAACCAUCUACAAGAAGGCCGGUCUCAAGACACUGGUCACGUUGCACAAGACCCUGGGUGAAGCCGGGGAACAACUGAACUCGGAUGAAGUCACCAUCAUCAGCGCCGUGUUGGACCUCAAGGACAAGGCGGUCGGCGGCAUCAUGACCCCCAUGGAGGAUGUCUUUACCAUGUCGGCCGACACCAUCCUGGACGAAGACACAAUGGAUCUUAUCCUUUCGCAAGGAUAUUCCCGCAUUCCCAUCCAUGCGCCGGAUAACCCGAUGAACUUUGUCGGCAUGCUCUUGGUGAAGAUGCUGAUCACCUAUGACCCUGAAGAUUGCAAACGCGUGCGUGAUUUUGCUCUGGCCACUCUUCCCGAGACCCGUCCUGAGACCAGUUGCCUGGAUAUCGUCAACUUCUUCCAGGAGGGCAAGUCUCACAUGGUCUUGGUCUCGGGAUAUCCGGGUGAAGACCGUGGUGCUUUGGGUGUUGUCACUUUGGAAGAUGUGAUCGAGGAACUGAUCGGCGAGGAAAUCAUCGACGAAUCCGAUGUCUUUGUGGAUGUACACAAGGCCAUCCGCCGCAUGGCUCCCGCGCCCAAGUCCCGUGUCCCCAAGGGUCGGAUUGUGGAAGACCCUCCAAUGCUCCCGCCGGAGACCACUCUGGUUGACGUUGAGAACGAGAACGAGCCUCCAGCCGCACCAAAUGGCGCGGCGAAGGACCACCGUCGCCUUUCUAUCGAAGCGCCCCUGCCCCGGUUCCAGCUCCGCCGGCCUCAGUCUGACAAGAACUCAGAUUCAACCGACGGUCUGUUCACACAAAGAGGCACGACGGACGAGAUUCGCCAACACCUGAAGCAUCUCGGGCCUUCCAACUUGGCCAGCCGACCGCGCCAAACUCGGUACCAGAACGUCAAGAUCAAGCGGAGCGUCUCACCAUCCCGAUCGGGGCAUACCGAUCUUGAGUCCACCCAGAGUAUGUCCGAUUCGCAGACCAGGCAUAACUCUAUCGGUUUGCAGGGAGGUAUCGGCGCCGGGCUGGUGCAAAGUGGUAUGGAUGCCCGAGAUGGGGUGCUUGCCUUGCGUGCGGGCUAUGGAACCAUGAACCACGCCAAACCUCCUGCCGACGCCAGCACUCAAACGAGGGACGGACCUCCGAUCUCCAUUCCCGAGCUAGUGCAUGAAGAACAGGAUGAUAACCCCCGAUCGGCCGGCAGCCGAGUGGGUAGUGCUGGGUCCCUCGACUCGCAAUUUGACCAUCUCAAGCCCGGCAGUUAUUGCCACCGGGGUCCUGCCCGCAGUGGCAGCAUCACGGAGCAGGUGGUCGAUGUCAACGGCAUUCGCAAGGUCGUUCUCCACACCACCAGCACGAGCUCGUCGGAAUCCGAACGACCCGGGACCAGUGAGCAUCCGGAGUUUCCCGUCCGCCAGGACGGCGAGAUCGUGGACCUCGGAGAGAACCAGACGGGCGGGAGCAAGCGCCGUCGUCGUCGCAGAAAACGCGGACAAGCGAAGAACACAGAGACGGGCGAGAAUACGCCUCUGCUGUCGCAAUGACGAAUGUAAAUCGGACGCUCGGAGUGUUCUGCUGGCCAGAGCGACAGGGCGGCCCGUGGAUAGUUGUUUACACCGGUACGACCGGCCAGCUGGUCGUGUGUGAUGCACAUGCUCACCAGGGGAGCGACGGAUUUUCAAUCGUAUAUUCGUACCCAUGCAUAGCCACCCUGCCUGCCCAUAAUGGUCGCUGACAAAUGUCGUGCAUGGAGGGUUCUGGCGGUGUAGAUGAAUCUUGCAGUUAUUUUUAUGAAUGGCAUUCUGUUCAUCAUCCUUGCA